AUGAGUAUGUACACGACAACAAAAAGGUCUAAAUUCAAGUGUCCAGAAGAAGGACCCAUGAACUUUGGGGCCUACGAGGUACCAACCCAGAGAGACUUAGCUUUGAUGGCAAAAAGUAUUUUGCUGAACUCAUAUGAUAGUUACAAUCAACAAUCAAUGCAAUUAUUAAAGGAUAUCAAACAGGCAACAAAAGCAGCUAUGGAGUCUAAAUGUCUUUAUAACAAGCAAAUGUAUGCAAAAUGUGUUAAAAUUGCUGGCAAACAAUGUGAACGGUACACUAAAGAUUCUUUAGCGAAUUUAGAGGCACAAAGAUUGGAUGUUUUAGCACUUACAGAGGAUAAGAUCUGCGCUUUAUCAGAUAUGAAAGCCGAUCCGUUGCACCUAAUUAAACUAAUAGCUCAAGAAAGGGCUACAUUGGACUUUGCACUACCAGGUUUCUUAAUCUUACUGAAUAAUUGUAGUGCCCAUUGUUUAAGAUCAAACGUCGCUUCUAAAAGAAAGCCUUUGAGGCAUAUGACGGAUCAAGAUCUUGUUAUAAGACAUAUUCUCACCAAAAAGAAUUACAUUCAACUCAUAAACGAUUCAAAGCACAAAGCCUAG